AUGAAAGGCGCGAGCGCCGCGGGCGGCGCCGGUCGUUCAGUUCUCCCUCCGAGUCCUGUCCUACCCCUUACUCAGUGCCCUCCCGAGACCCUCGGCGCAUUGCAAGCAGACGCAGGCAAGGAUCUCCAACGCGUUGUCGGCCAGAAGCCGGACCCCACAUCGCGUCUAGAGGAUACAACACCCUCCACCCCCGACAGGACGAAGCAGCCGCCGUGCUAUAUAGAUCGUCUCCCGACCGAACUUCUAUGUCGCAUCUUCAUGUUGUGCGGAGACCCUUAUCCACGAUUCGGAUUCCCUGGCGACGUGCACAUGCACGUCGGGCAUUCCAUCAUCGACUUCUAUGCAUGCACCACCGUUCUCAUCAGCCGUGUAUGCUCGCGCUGGUCUACCGUCACUCGAGGAUAUCCGCUUCUCUGGACGAUGGUCGACCUCGCUUCACCUCGAGCGUUCGAUCUCGUUGUACUGCGCCUCUGCCUCAUGUACUCUGUGGGCCUUCCGAUGACCCUGCGGCUUCACUCAGGUCUCGGCUACUGUGCCAGCUUGUCGGAGGCGCGUCAUCGUGAAAUUCUCCGCCGUUUUUUGCACAUCGUCGUCAAUGCUUCCGAGCGAUGGGCCGAGUUGUCCAUUCACAUCGACGACCAAUACGAUACACUGCGGACGCUCCUUGCGAGACCGCAGAACGCAUACUCGUCUCUACGGCGGGUAUCGGUGGACAACCGUGCCCCGGGUCGCGCAUCUACUGUGCGAGAGCUCUAUCAGAAAUUCUAUGCAUCAGAGAGCCUAGAUGGCGUCGCCUUCUGGGACUCCCUAGCACCCCCAUACCUGACGCUUCAUGAUGCUCCCCUCCAGCGCUUAACUCGUAUCAGCGUUCGCUAUAUGAGGGAUCCGCAAUCGCUCUUCUCGCAUCUAUAUUCCUGUCAAGGCCUAGAGGUCCUGGACCUCAGCGCGCAGUUGCCGUCUGGCGUCAAGCGAAACGAAGCGUAUGUCCUUCGUAGGCCACUUGAGCUACCACAGCUCAAGAUCCUCUCUCUCGCGGGUCGCCUUGAUUGGACGCAGUUCCUCGCCCAUUUGAUGGCCCCACGUCUCGAUCGCUUGGAUAUGCGCUGGUACAUCGACAAAGUCAUCAUAGACAUGCUGGAUCGGUCUGCAGCGCACCUUCGAAUGCUGACCGUCUUUGAGCCGCCCAUGGACCUUCCCGAGUUCUUCCUCCGAAGUCCUGCUAUGCAAUAUCUACAAAUACUGCGUUAUGAUCCAGGCAUAGGUUCUGAAGGCCCGGUAGACAUAACACCAUUCGUUCCAAGCGGUGUGCGGUGUUUUACAGAAGACUACGACGAUGCGGAGAAUGCGUAUCACGAGUUCAGUACAAGCUAA